AAGAACCAAUUGAUAUAGGACUAAGUCAAAUUCCAAAACGACGCACAUCAGUGAGAAAAUCGAAAGUCUUACAGAAAGUUAAAGAAUUUGAGAUUCUCCUUGAAGAGUUUGAUCAGAAAGCACUUGAAGCAUAUGAUGCAUAUAUGGAUCUCAGUUCUAAGUUAUCACCAGAUAUGGAGAUCAUCAUAGAUCUUCCUAGACAUGUCAAUCGACAUGCUAUUCGUCAGUUGAUGGGAUUCAUUGACAAUGAUCAUAGGUUAAGAGGAUAUAACGAAUCGGCCAUAGAUCCAGUGUUCUUUACGGAUCCUGCCAUGGUGAAACCAUCCGGUAUUAACACUUUUAUUCCGCAAAACAAUCCUUUUCCUGUGGAUUAUUAUGGAAUUCCUCCACGUGCGGAACCUAUGCCGUUAUCACAUGAUUAUUCGUCUAUGACCGACCAAUUUCAAUUUUCUACUCAAUCAUUAAGGUCUAAACAAAUGCGUUAUAAUCAUCCACCUCGAGUAAUGCAUUCACCAUUACCACAAUCAUCAAUGAUAACAGUUUAUAGUUCAAAAGUUGCUUCAACUACACCUCUGAGAAAGUAUAAAUGUGAUUAUUGUCAAAAAUUAUUUACUCGACCUAGUCAAUUGAAAACUCAUACGUACACUCAUACUGGUGAAAAACCUUUCAAGUGUAGUUUUGAAGGAUGUGGUCGAUGUUUCUCAGUAAUUAGUAAUCUUCAUAGGCAUGAAAAAAUUCAUGAAAAGCAUGUGAUUCAGCCUAGAAAAUAA